AUGAUAUUCUCAGCCGUUUUCGUCACUUUCUAUAUAAUUAGAGCCGUCAGCGCUCAAUGCGCUCCAGGUCAAUACUUCUCAGCCAAUCAAUGUCGUCGCUGCUUAAUAGGUUCUUAUUGCCCUGAUGGUUAUCAACAGUUACCAUGUGCUCCAGGAAACUAUACGGAUGUGUAUGAGCAGACGAAGUGUCGUCAGUGCCCACCCGGCCAUUUUAAUAUCAAACUUGGGUCUACAAAUUGUUCGCGCGCGCGACUUGGUCAAUAUGCACCGGUUAACAAUAAGAAUUCUCAGUCAUGCUCUCCAGGAACUUAUACUGAUAGGCCUGCUCAAUCUAGCUGCAAAACUUGUCGUUCAGGUACAUACAGUGCGACACUAGGUGCACAGAGCUGCAGUCGUUGUCCAUUGGGUCAUUUCUGUCUCAAUCCAGCUAAGCUUCCUCAACCAUGCCCCGCUGGUUUCUAUGCGGAUCUGUAUGAGCAGACCAAAUGCCGUAAGUGUCCCAGAGGUUAUUACACAAUCCAGCCAAAAGCGACCUAUUGUAUAAAGUGUCCACCUGGUCAUUCUUGUGCUGAUCCUGCAACAAGGCCAACACCCUGUCCCAUUGGAUUCCACAACCCAUUGCGCGCUCAAAUAAAUUGUCGACAAUGCAAAUCUGGAUGGACGACAAGUGUUCCUGGACAGGCGGAAUGUACGAAUUUGAGCCAAGAAAUUGGCUAA